AUGGGGUCAUCUUCAGCAGCUGGGGUUUCGAAAGGACAACGAUUAUCUGGCAAACCUAAUAAUCGUUUUUCUUGUCAAAAUAUGGAUACUGAAUGGACUUUGACUGAUCCAGAUGGUAUUAACUAUGUCGUCAGUCAACUUCUUUUUAAUGCAGCCAGUUGGUCGGAAAUGAAUCAAAGUAUUAGUAAAUUACAGCGUGAGCUCAGUAAUUACUCGAAUACAUCACCUGUGUAUCCAUUGCUUCAACAAGCUCUUCGGGCAAAGGAUGUUACGCCUCUCUUGCGCGCGUAUACCAUAGAAUGUGACUUCUAUAAAGUUCUUAACAAAAAACUAGCUGAACGUGUCACUGCAUCGACUAUGGGUAAUCCUAUAAGCUCAAUAUUGAAUCUAUUUCUUUCCAAUGCAACUAAUGAUACGCCGAGUAAUGAUUGGCCCAUGUAUUUUGUUGGUUCGAUAUUUGAUGAUAUAUUUUCGAAAAAACAUCCAAGAUAUCAAUUUCACGGUAAAACAUAUCGUGGUGCACGUAUCAGUCAAAGUGAACUUGAUAGGUAUGUUGUCGGAAGAUUGAUAUUCAAUAAACGCCUUUACGUCAACAUCUAAACAGCUCGAUGUUGCUAAGCGAUUUAUCUAUCCACCCGCAAAUCAAAAACCUGACAAGUAACUAGCGGCCAUCUUUUCUUUUCGUUUUAACGAUAAAGACUUCAAUUUUACAAUCGAUUUGGAGGGCAUUUCUGAGUUUCCCGACGAAGAAGAAGUUCUCGUCAUGCCUGGAAUCCCGUUUAGAAUUACAAAAGUUCAACGAGGAAAUCCAAUUGAAAUUGAAC